CGGACCGGCCACUGAUUUUCGCGCGGAUUUUCAGCUGCCCGACGACUAUCUCACUCCGUGGUUCGCCGUCGCCCCCCUGCUUCCGUCGCCCGCUCCACUCCUUCCGUCGUUCCCGCCGUCACGGCGCGACGUAACGUCACGUCGCGCUGUCAAAAGACUUCGAUGGGAACGGAUGGCGACGAAUGGAGCGACGCUCCAUUCCUUUCCAACUCUCCAUUGACCGGCAUCGGUGAAACGUCUCUCCCGGCGAAAUCGGGUUUCGCGACGCGACGUGCAGGCGGUGGGCCGCAUGUAAAUCGAUAUACGGCUCACUGAUGUGAGCGUGUGUGCGUGUUUGUGUGCGCGCGUUUGUACACGUAUGUGCUUCUACGUGCCAACGGAAAUAUCACGGCGCGCGUGGGUGCCGUGCGAUUUAAAUGUGUGUAUGUAACGUGUAUGCGCGCGCGCGCGCACGUGUUUGACGCACACAGAUGCGCCUCUGGAACGCCCCUUUUUAUGAAACGAUCGAACUUCUUUCCCGCGCGAUCUUACCCGGCGCGAAACGUCCCGCUCGUUGAUGCGAGACAUCUCGACCAUUCGAAACCGUCUAGCGACUCGCGACUCCUUCGUUUCGUCUUCCGAAGCUUCCGCGUCCUGCGGUACUUGGACAGAUCCGAAAUCGCUCAGGACACUUAACAACUUCGUUGAAAUGUGGCUGAGAAGCGAGCGGAUUAGCAGGAGAUUGCGUGGCCGUUUAAGUUUAAGCGGUGUAACGGCGUCAAAGACAACCGGGCAUCGAACGCAAGUUGCCACAGCGAGAAAAGUACAACAUAUUAGUAAUAGUAGUCGAGUAAUAACGUCAAAUAAAUGCAGCCGGUUGAGUCAGUGGCGACGUAGAUCGUCCAGUUUUCUAAAAGAAGCUUGUAAAGAAAAUGUUUUACACUUUGCCAAAUCUACGCCUAUUAGACGGGAAAGAGGACCUCGUAGAAGAAAAUGCAUAAAACGUUCAAUGGUUACGUCGACUCCUUUGCAUCGUCCUUCACCAAUAGACGCAGUUAUUUCUGCUAAAAUCGCGUCGCCAUCUAAAGUUUCGGAGGAGUCCAAGGAAAAUUGGAAUGGUGGAUCCACUCUGCCUCUCUACUCACCAGUAACGAAUGCGGACUCACGUAGUUCGAUGAUACCGCCGGUACAUGACUCGAAAUCUUCCAUACCCAGUGUAUCGUCGCUCACAUGUCUAAUGCCUCCGGUAUCCAUAGGCUCACAAUCAGAUCUCACGUGCUUGCUUGACGAUGAAGAAAACAAGAACAAUGAUACUACACUACCAUUGUCAUUACAACACUACUCCUCCUUAUACGCGCAUGCCGAAACGUCUGCGGAAUACUACAGUUUGAUGCACUCAACGUCGAUAUACAACGUUCGUACCGCGUAUAACUCGUCCGAUAAAAACUUCUCAAACGGCGGAAAGUAUUCGCUAAUCGAUAACAAUGAAAACCGCAGUGAUCUCCCAAAAGAUCAAUAUGCUAUUGAAACAGACCCAACAAAAUAUGAAACAACUGCUGGAUAUCCCAGUACAAAAUACAGUAUACCAGCAAGUAUGUACAAUAUAAAUCCUCAUCAUCCAUCCGAUACGAAUGGCAAUCUUAGUGACAAAUAUGAUUCCGAGGACGUCGACAGUCGUUAUCACGAGGUUGAAUACAUGGAGGUGGGUAACGAGGAGAUAGUAGAAUCUUGCGAUGUAGAGAACAUGGUUACUCAAGUUCAGGAGGAUUGGGAGCCGUUCGAUCCUUACGUCUUCAUCAAGCACUUGCCGCCUCUUACGCCGGCGAUGAGAGCAAGAUGCCCGGCUCUGCCACUCAAAACACGGAGCAGUCCGGAAUUCAGUUUGGUCCUGGACUUGGAUGAGACAUUGGUUCACUGCAGUUUGCAAGAACUAUCCGACGCGGCGUUUCGCUUCCCAGUAGUCUUUCAAGACGUAACGUAUACAGUAUUCGUCAGAACGCGACCAUAUUUUCGCGAAUUUCUUGAACACGUCUCGUCGCUCUACGAGGUGAUUCUGUUCACGGCGAGCAAGCGGGUGUACGCCAACAAACUGAUGAAUUUGCUCGAUCCAACCCGGAAGCUGAUAAAGUAUCGUCUGUUCAGGGAACAUUGCGUCUGCGUUAAUGGGAAUUACAUAAAGGAUUUGUCCAUCUUAGGCAGGGAUCUAUCUAAAACGGUUAUUAUUGACAACAGUCCACAGGCAUUUGGAUAUCAGUUAGAAAAUGGUAUACCCAUAGAAAGUUGGUUUGCCGAUCGUUCGGAUAACGAGCUAAUGAAGUUAUUACCAUUUCUGGAAAAUUUGGUAAACUGGGGAGGUGAUGUAAGGCCGCGCAUUAGAGAACAGUUUCGACUAUUCAGCUUUCUACCGCCGGAUUAAUUUAAAUAGCGUACACAAAAUUUUAAGGUUGCCGAGGUAUCUUACCCAACAAAAGAAAAAUACAAAAUAUCUUAAAGAUACUAAAUAGAUAAACAAUAGUUAUUCCGUGACGCGUAGCAUAAGUCGCUAUAAUAUAACACUUUACAAUGUUUCACAAAUGAAUAUGCCUGUUGGUAUAUAUAUAGAUGAAAUUAAAUACUUCUAGAUCUUUGGAAUUACUGUUCCUGAUUCAUUGUUCGUAAAAACGAGUAUCUGUGAACGAAAUUGUUGCAUACACAUGUGCGAUUUUGUUAGUAUAUUCGUUUUAGACUUGAAGUCUGAAGUUAAAAAAAGAAAUAAUCAAAUGUCAUGAAAAAAAUAUCAGUGAACAUAAUAGCUUUGUGAUUUACUGUAUAGUUUCUAUUAAUACUUCCAAAUGAAUACAAAGUCUCUCCAUGACGUGAUUAUAUGACUUCUGUAUAUAUUAGAUAUCGUAUAUCUUGCGUAAAAAAUAUUAUUUCACAAUUUAUUAUCGUAAUACAAUACUUAAGAGCAUUAUCUAUAUGAUUGGUACCUCAUUUUUCUUUCUGUCUUACCAGUAAAAUAUACGAUCUCAAUUUGUUUAUUGUGCUAGAGUUUCUAAAAAUAAUUUUUGACAUUUUAUUUCAAUUAUAUUUUAGCGAGCUCUCCUGAUUCUGUUAUAUUCCAAUUAUGAAUCAUCAUUGCUUAUCAUUAAAGCAAUUUUCUUUUUAAAUACCUACAUCUAGAUUGCAAUUCUUGAAAGUUCUUGAAAAGAAUAUAUAUAUAUAUAUAUAUAUAUAUAUAUAUAUAUAUAAUUUACACACAUACACACGAAGAUGUUAAGAAUAUCUGUCAAUAAUUAUAUAAUUAUACGCAUCAUAUAAUUAUAUAAUUAUACACGAUUACAUGUGCUACAUUAUAAAUUUGUGUAUAAUUCAUAGCAUAAGGAGCAUAGACCGAUAUUAGUAUCAAAAGGAACAGAGUUAGCAGCAUAAUGUAACAGAAGGCAUCGCAGAAAUCUUACAUCUCGUAGCGUUUAUCAUAGUUUAAGAUUAUACUCACAUUAUGCACAAACACAUAAUAAUAAAGCAAAUCCGAUUGUUAUUCAUGAAA